UGUUUACAAUUAAUGUUUUGAUCUAAUAAAUGUAACCUAUUAAUGAAUCUUUGUUAUCACUACAGAAAAUAUAAUGGUGUACUAUGGAUGUUGGGAACCAUUCACCUGUGUCUCAAUUCAUUUUUGAGCCGUUAUCUGAUAUACACACUAUCCAGAUACUCCUCUUUUCGCUGGUGCUGUCAUUGUACCUUUUGACCCUCAUAGGAAAUGUCUUCAUCAUCCUUGCUAGUUUGACAAACCCUGUUCUUCAAUCUCCCAUGUAUUUCUUCCUUCGAAAUUUAUCAUUCCUAGAGAUUGGUUACACCUCCACUAUAAUCCCCAAAAUGCUGUCCAACUUUCUGUCAGAGGACACCAGCAUAUCAUUCAUUGGCUGUGCCAUACAGAUGUAUUUCUUUGGCUCUCUUGGAAUUGCAGAGUGUUGUCUGCUGGCUGCGAUGGCGUAUGAUCGCUAUGUCGCAAUAUGCUGCCCUUUGCAUUAUUCUGUCAUUAUGAACCGGACAGUUUGCCUUCAGAUCUCUGCAGCCUGCUGGCUUAGUGGAGCCUUGGUGGUUGUAGUGCCAGCAACAUUAAUAUUCACUCUCCCCUUCUGUGGACCCAACAAGAUCAAGCAUUUCUUCUGCGAUCUCCCUCCACUGCUCAGGUUGGCCUGUGCAGACACUUACAGAAGCGAAGUCAUCAUUUACACGGUGACCGUGAUCUUCAUCAUGCUUCCCUUCCUGCUGAUCUUGCUCUCCUACAUCCGCAUCCUCCAUGCUAUCCUGACGAUGUCAUUGACUAAACGCAGAAGCAAGUCGUUCUCCACUUGCUCUUCCCACAUCACAGUGGUGACUCUUUUUUACGGUUCCGCUGUUCUCACCUAUCUCAGACCCACAUCAGCAAAUUCUAGGGACACUGAAAAAGUGCUCUCGUUUUUUUACACUGUCGUGUGCCCUGUGUUGAAUCCCUUAAUCUACAGCCUCAGAAACAGAGAAAUGAAGGAUUCCCUGAAGAAACUGAUGUCUGGAAGAGAUAUUUUUUAG